CAGAAGAGUGUGUGUGUGUGUGUGUGUGUGUGUGUAUGUGUGUAACCUUAUUUAGUCUUUCUGGGCGUGGAUCUCAUCUCUCUCAGUCCUGGAAAGGAAGAGAAGCAGAGCAGAACAGAGUCUGGGGACGAUAUCACACAUACUGUACCACCCCGAGCUCCUGCUGAACUAAAGCCCGGAAAGGCAGAAGAACAGGCGGAGGAGGUUACCGGUUCCAGCUCUCCACAUCAUUGGACCAACAGCUUUGAUUUGAAAGAAAUCAUCCAAAUCAUUCCUUUCCAAUCAUGCCCUUGGUUGUGCUGCAGACCUCGCGCCUGAUGUGGGCCCGCCUGGCUGCACUGGUGUUUACCUGUGUGGCGUUCAGCGUGGCUGCUCACGGCGCAAAUGCGAACGGCGGCAUGUAUGACUGGUGCAUGUUCUGCUGGGUGUUCAGCUUCAUUGGCACUCUGCUGGUGCUAAUUGUGGAGCUCUUGAGCCUUCAGGCGCGUGUGCCUGUCUCAUGGACCAACUUUCCCAUCACGCUGGCAUGUUACGCAGGUCUGCUGUGCCUCUCUGCUUCCAUCAUCUUCCCACUGUACUUCCUGAAGGGCAAUUUAGUCAGUGGUGAGACACGUGAUUACAGGAUCGUUAGCACCGUUUUCUCCUGCCUGGCCACAGUGGCAUACUUGGUGGAGGUCAGCAUGACACGGGCGCGGCCUGGUGAAGUGGCCGCUUACAUGGCGACGGUGCCUGGCCUCCUGAAAGUCUGCGAGACGUUUGUAGCCAGUGUUAUUUUUGUUUUUAUCAGUAAUCCUGUGUCGUAUGAUCAUCAUGCGGCAUUGAAGUGGUGCAUGGCUGUGUACUGUAUCUGCUUCAUCAUAUCCGCUGGCAUUGUGGUGAUGUGUGUCGGAGAGUGUACUGGCCUCCUUCCAUUCCCGUUUGCUCGUUUCCUGUCCGCGUACGCCUUAUUGGCUGUUGUGAUGUACCUCACUGCUACCAUCAUCUGGCCCGUGUUCCAGUUUGACAAAGCUCAGUCUCAGAGGCCUGAUUUUUGCCAGCGGUCUUCAGGUCUCUGCAAUUGGGAUAAACUGGUGAUCAUAGCUGUUCUGACGGGUGUUAAUUUCCUGAUCUACGUGGCAGAUCUGGUGUACUCUGCACGACUCGUGUUUGUCCAUACAUGAAAAUGAAA